AUGGAGAACACUGUCGUUUCAGGCGAGAAAGACACACUGGUCUCGUCGUUCCUGGGAAUUGUUGUGGGCCAAUCAGCCCAAACAGCCAUACAGUUCUUGGAAGCUACGGGUUGGAACCUUGAAGAAGCUAUCCGGUUAUUCUACGCUGGACUUCAAGAUAACGUUCGUCCCCCUCUACCAGUGAAGAGAGAGAAACUGUGCGAUGAAUCUGAUCAUCCCAUGCCCAGAAACCAUUCGAAUGUAUGGGAAUCUGGGAGAAGCCAUUCAUCUGAUCUUGCUUCACUGUAUCGUCCUCCUGUUGAGCUGCUGUACCAGGGAACCUUUCACGAAGCAAAAGGUGAAGCCUCUCUUCAGAAUAAGUGGCUUCUAGUAAAUGUUCAAUCCGCUAAGGACUUCAGCUCACAUCUGUUGAACCGUGAUACCUGGGCAAAUGAGUCUGUUGCUCAGAUGAUUACCAUUAGCUUUGUGUUCUUACAGGUUUAUGAUGAUUCGCAUGAAGGGCUGAAGAUUUGUAACUUUUAUGCUUUGGGUUCUGUUCCUGCGGUUCUUGUGAUUGACCCUAUCACAGGACAGAUGAUGCGUUCAUGGAGUGGAGUGGUUGAAGCAGAGACUUUAUUGAUGGAUCUAGUUCACUUCAUGGAUUACGGUCCCAAUAACUAUCCACCUUCUCUUGUUUAUAAACGUAAAGCGAGGAGUCAUCAAUCUCUGGUUUAUAGUCAGGAAACCGAAGUUGCAAAACAUGAGGAGAUGAUGUUGGCUUCUACGGAGACUGAAACCUCGUUGAUUGAGAAAACUAUCUAUCCACCACUCCCCGGAGAACCCAAGUGUGAAAAGAGCCUUCUCUGCAGGGUGGCGGUUCGGUUUCCAGAUGGACGUCGGGUUCAGCGGAAUUUCCUUCGUAAGGAUCCCAUACAGUUGUUAUGGUCAUUCUGUUAUUCUCAGCUUGAGGAAACAGGGGCAAGACCAUUCCGCUUGGUACAAGCAAUUCCAGGGGAUUCAAAGCAGCUGGAUUAUGCCACGGAGCUCACGUUCGAGGAGUCAGGGAUUAACAACUCAAUGAUAUUAGUUGACUGGAUUGAAAAUUGAAAUAGUUUGUUAGGCAAUGGUAUUUUAAG